CUCAGUCGCUCGCCGCACAGUGAUGGCCAAGCUAGUCAGGGUGGUGUGCGUCCUGCUCGCGGCCGUCGCUGGCGCCGCGGCGGCGGCCGAGGCGGACGCCAUGUCCUACAUCGUGCACGUCGCGGAGGAGCACGCGCCACGCCCGUCGCCACCGCGCUUGCUCGCCCGCGCGUACGCCUCCUUCCUCCGUGACAGCCUCCCCGCGGGCAUCUCGCGCCCGGCGCCGAGGGUGCUCUACUCGUACGCGCACGCCGCCACGGGCUUCGCGGCGCGGCUCACAGAGCGGCAGGCCGCGCACCUCGCGUCCCAGCGCUCCGUCCUUGCCAUCGUGCCCGACGCGACGCAGCAGCUGCAGACCACCCUGUCGCCCUCCUUCCUCGGCCUCUCCGCCUCGUCCGGGCUGCUCCCGAGGUCCAACGGCGCCACGGACGUCGUGAUCGGCGUCAUCGACAGCGGCAUCUACCCCAAGGACCGCGCGUCCUUCGCCGCCGACGCGUCGCUGCCGCCGCCGCCCAGAAAGUUCCGGGGCACCUGCGUCUCGACGCCGUCUUUCAACGCCUCCGCCUACUGCAACAACAAGCUCGUCGGCGCCAGGUUCUUCUACCUGGGGUACGAGGCAGCACACGGCCGCAUUAAUGAGACGGUGGAGUCCAAGUCGCCACUCGACACCGUCGGCCACGGCACCCACACCGCCUCCACCGCUGCCGGCUCCGCCGGGGUGGACGCUUCCUUCUUCGACUACGCCAAAGGCAAAGCCAUUGGCAUGGCCCCGGGCGCGCGCAUCGCCGCCUACAAACCGUGCUGGACGAAAGGAUGCACGGACUCUGACGUCCUCAUGGCGUUUGACGCGGCCAUCGCCGACGGGGUCGACAUCAUCUCCGUUUCACUCGCCACCUCCAAGGCGCCCAAGUUUUACAAGGACAACACGGCCAUCGGUUCAUUCAGAGCCGUCCGCAAAGGCAUCGUCGUCUCUGCAUCUUCAGGAAACUUCGGUCCCGGGGAGUUCACCACCGUCAAUGUCGCGCCCUGGAUUUUGACGGUUGGUGCAUCAACCAUCGACCGCCGGUUCCCAGCGAGCGUCCUUCUGGGCAAUGGCGAGACGUUCACCGGCACUUCAAUCUACGCCGGUGUGCCCCUUGGUGAAGCCAGGAUACCGCUCGUAUACGGCGGGGACGUUGGCUCAAACGUCUGUGAAGCUGGGAAGCUCAAAUCCAGCUUGGUCGCUGGGAAGAUUGUGGUCUGCGACCCCGGCGUCAAUGGCCGAGCAGCGAAAGGUGAAGCUGUCAAACUCGCCGGUGGCGCCGGAGCAAUCCUCGUCAGCAGCGAAGACUUUGGCGAACAGGCCAUGACUACGGCUCACAUCCUCCCUGCAGCUGCCGUCGUGUUUGCCGACGCCGAGAAAAUCAAGAAGUAUAUAAGUUCGAAUGCGUCCCCCGUCGCGACGAUCGAGUUCCAAGGCACCGUCGUAGGCCAGACGCCCUCAUCUCCAAGAAUGGCAUCCUUCUCGAGCAGGGGCCCGAACCGCCGGGCGCUGGAGAUCCUGAAGCCGGACGUCACCGCUCCUGGUGUUGACAUCCUGGCUGCGUGGACAGGCGAGAACUCGCCCUCGCAACUCCACAGCGACCCGAGGCGAGUGGAGUACAACAUCAUCUCGGGCACGUCCAUGUCGUGCCCGCACGUGAGCGGCAUCGCCGCGCUGCUCCGGCAGGCGCACCCGGACUGGAGCCCCGCCGCCAUCAAGUCCGCCCUGAUGACCACGGCGUACAACGUGGACAACGCCGGCGACAUCAUCAAGGACAUGUCGACCGGCAAGGCGUCGACGCCGUUCGUGCGCGGGGCAGGCCACGUGGACCCUAACCGCGCCGUCGACCCAGGCCUCGUGUACGACGCCGGCGCCGACGACUACUUCUCCUUCCUCUGUGCGCUGGGCUACACCGCCGAGCAGAUCGCCGUGUUCAAGACGAGAGACGACCCGGCGGUGGACUGUUCGGCGCGCACGGCCUCCGCCGGCGACCACAACUACCCCGCCUUCUCAGCGGUAUUCAACUCCACCGACGGCGAGGUCACCCAGCGGCGCGUCGUGCGUAACGUCGGGAGCAACGUCGAGGCGACGUACACGCCCAGCGUCCGCGUGCCAGCAGGCGUGCGCGUCAUGGUGAAGCCACGGAAGCUACGGUUCAGCGCGACGCAGAAGACGCAGCAGUACGAGAUCACCUUCAUAGCGCGAGGUGCGGGGUGCGCGGCCGAGAAGUACACAUUCGGGUCCAUCGCGUGGAGCGGCGGCGAGCACAAGGUGACCAGCCCCAUCGCCAUCACCUGGCCGGUUAGCCAGGUGGCCGUGAUGUGAUGCCGAGGUUCUCUUCAUCUCUUGUUGGCGUUGUAACUUGCAAGUUGCAAGCAGCAGGUUACAAAAUGAGUUGCCUCAAUUUAGGACUUAACUAUAGAUUACAGGCCCACGCUCCUUUUUUAUAUUCUAGAAUAAAAGAGUAUCGAGAAUGAUCCACACUAUGUAGAAUAAAAUUAAACUUUCUUCACGAACAUAUAAACCACACUAUCAUGAGCACCAUUGAAGCAUAACAAAGCAUCAUGCAUAUGUGCUUCCAUGCAUUUGUUUAAUUUUUGUGCC